CCAGCCCACGCAGCAGUUUGUCUUCUUCCUUCGUCUGGAAAAGACAUCAUCAUCUACUACCUGAGCUUGCACUCGCACCCCAUCAGCAUCACUUGAACAUUGUGCUUCAGUGAUUCAGCGCCUUGUGACCUUACAUUUACCCGUUAUCACUUAUCGUCGUGAUCGCCGACGAUUUGCACCUUAUUUUCAUCGCUUCACCGCCACACCAAAAGACAUCCAUCCGAACCUCUCUCUCGCUUCCCCUCCCACAUCACAACUCACUCCAACAACAGCUACAAUGGCAGCUUUUCCAAUGCACAACUUCUACCGGCCCUCGGCCUUGACGGUCGAUACUCACACACAGAACUACUUCGAGGAGGACGAAGGCAGUAUCUUGGAUGAGAACAUUUUGGAGCAGAACGGCCUCGAUUCCGGCUUGGAGAUGUCACCGCCCAUCAACGGCAGCCGACGGGAAUCGUUUGCAGUCUCGUCCGCAUUGUUCUCACCGAAGACAGAUGAAUGGCACCAUGUUGAUAUGCAGCCCAUGGCCUCCAACAAUCCUUUUGUUGAGCACAGCAACAACCCGUUCAUGCGCGUCGAGUCGCAGUCCUCCAACUACGGGCACCAGAGCCAUGGAUGGCCGAUCAACAGUGGCUCAGGAAUGAGCACACCGAUGCAAGGACAUGAUGGAUUACCAGCUGAUUUCGAGGUCAACGCUCCCAUGUUCCAAAGGCCGAUGCAGACUCCAUUCACCAACCCCACAAACCAACAACUACCUCUGUUCUCGUCAGGAAAUACCAGCAAUGGCUCGAUCCCAACUUCACCACAGAAGGAAUGGUCAGUAGCUGAUGCCAUGGACCACCGGUCAAUGCCCAAGCGCAUGAGACCUCACAGCCCGACCCUCCGUUCGCAUCCAGACAUGACGAGGAGGGGAGACGGUAUUCGGAAGAAGAACGCUCGUUUUGAUAUCCCCGCAGAACGCAACCUCAACAACAUCGACCAACUUAUCGCUCAGUCUACCGACGAGCAAGAGAUCAAGGAGCUCAAGCAACAAAAGCGACUGUUGAGAAACAGACAAGCAGCUCUUGACUCCCGACAAAGGAAAAAGCAGCACACUGAGCGACUUGAGGAUGAGAAGAAGCACUACACAGCAGUGAUCAACGACCUCGAGGAAGAUUUGGCGGAAGCCAAGCUAGCGUUAGAUGAGUGGGCCCGCAAGGAGCAGCAGUACCAACAGUACAUCGAGAGCAUGCAGCUCGAGAAGGAAGAAAUGGUACGCAACCACACCAUUGAGACCGGCGACCUUCGAAAGAAAGUCAGCGUUCUCACUGAGCACAUCCAACGCCUCGAAGUUACUCCCAUGUCCGCCAUGCCCAGCUCCACUGGUUUCUCUGCAGAUUAUUCCGACAUCGACAGCCUCACUAUGGACGGUGCUUGGGAUAAUAUCUCCUUCCUCAAUGACUUCUCUCCCCCCGAGGCUGAGGUCAAGGUCGAGACCUCUCUGGUACCGAUCAAGAAGUCUGAGAACAGUCUACUCAGUGAUCCUGAGAAGCCUGCUGCUCAAGGUCUCUUGUUGAUGCUGCUUCUCUUCGGUGCUUUCGUCGCUUCCAAAGGUUCUUCUCCUAGUAUUCCUCAGAUGUCCGACGACGUCCGAGCUGCUUCUGCUACUCUUCUUGAAGACAUCUUCAAGGAUGCUGGUGUACCACAAACCGCAUCUGGCAUCUCCGAGGCUGUUGCUCCACUUCCAUCUGGUAAUUCUUGGUCCACUACCCCGAUGCCUUCCCUGGGCGGGAACGGUAUGGUCGGUGUCACUCAAUCAACGCUUGGAGAUAUCGCCGAUUCCUUGACUCAACCCACGGAAGAACAAACGCACGAGCAACUAUUCUCCAUGUCUGCGGCUCAAUACAACGGUCUCACGAAUCAAGAUUUCCUCCAAGCUACACCUCAACGAUCAACCUCACAAGGACGACGGAACCUCGGAGAAACACUAGCAGCUAUGCGAAGCAACAGCAAGAAAUCCGCAGCUGAAGUCUACACAAGGUCACUGCUCUGGGAUCAAGUUCCUAGCGAAGUGGUCCGCAACUUCGCCAAGCUAGUUUCGGAUUGCAAUUCUCAGAAUAAAGAUUGCAGCACAUCUGCAGGCUGAAUAAAGCAUCCUCUCAACACGAAAUCUCUAUACUCGCAUCUCUACGGUUACGAAUCACGGCCUCUAUCACGAUCGCACGCCACCCCACCACAGCAGCAAAAAAGACCGUUGCUCACGCAGCAUUUCCGAUUUUCAUUUGUCG